AUGUGGGCAAACGAUCACAACGAUCUAAUUGCAGUGAUGCUUCCCGCAGGAUUGUUUCUUGUCCAAACGACGCGUCAAGGGGUAUCGCCCUCCUCGUUGUUUGGCUUCGACGCAAAUGAGAAACUCAUCACUGGGCCCGUAUGCCUCAUUGACUUUCGCAACCUUUGCGCAAGAGCAGUAUGUCUUCCUACAAUGCUGCGACGAAAGGUAACUGAGGAACAGCAUGUGCAAUUCAGCACUUUUGAUGCACAGCCUCUGCUGCAGAUGAGGCAAUUGCUUGACGCUUGUCGAACAGGUACACAGGACCGUGGAUCCGUAGUGAGCCUCCAGCAAGCUGCCACUUUAGCUGCCAGCUUUAGCCACUCCACGCUUUGGAGACUCCUGGCUAAAGCUGCCCUGGAGCUUGAAGAGCUCGAAAUUGCGGAGGAGGCACUCGUGAGGUCUGUUACCAUGACACAGACCCAGCCUUUUUGUUUAGGAGGGCAGUGA